AUUAAUCAUGCUUAUAAUCAAUGGAUAAGUGAAGCUAUAAAGGAAUAUAUGCUAUUAGGCAAAAUUAAACAUUUAUUAUACUCUUUAAUAAACAGCUCUGAAGAUGGUUCAAUUUUUGAUUUUGAGGAAGCAUUAAGUAAAAAAAGAGAAAUUGGUAUUGAAGAAAGAAUAGAUGAAGUUGAUGUAAUUAAAAAAGCAGAUGAUAAUAAUAUUGAUGCAACUAAAGCAGAUAUAAAUAUUGAUGCCAAUGAAACAGACACAUUAUAUACAUUUAUAGAUAUAUUAUUACUAUUUUCUUCUUCAUCAAAAUAA